UUAAAUAAAUUUCAUUUUUAAAAAAUUCCCACUGUCAGAGGCUAAUCAGAAAGUACUAGGAGAAAACACAGACGACAAAACCCUAAACACAGAGAAAUGCCGAAGCCAAAACGGUUGGUAUGGAGAAUCAAGCAGCAAAAUCAGAAAGCGUCAACCUCUUCCUCCAAACCACCGCCGCCGCCGUCGCCGCCGUGGGUAGAGCUCCCUCGAGAAAUCACGGCGGACAUCCUUCUCCGGUUGGGAGCGAUAGAGAUAUUGCAAAAUGCACAGAGAGUCUGUAGUACGUGGUGGAAUGUGUGCCAUGACCCUAUCAUGUGGCGGGACAUUGACAUGGGAAACGACAUUGAUGUGGACAUAGAUGAUACUGACUUGGACUGGAUGUGCCGCGUCGCUGUGAAUCGCAGCCAGGGUCAGUUGCUCAAAAUUAACAUCGAGCAUUUUGGAAAUAACGAUUUGCUCGAAUACAUAGCGGAGAGAUCAAGUCAGCUAAGGCAUCUAAGACUUGUCAGCUGUGAAGCAAUUUCAGAUGGAGGUUUGGCUGCAGUUGCCAAGAACUUCCCGUUGUUGGAGGAGUUGCACAUUUACUUAGCUGUUAUUAGUAAAGUUGAUAUAGAGGCUAUCGGUCGUUCUUGCUCGCAGCUCAAGUCAUUUACAUUGAACAACAGUGGAUUUGGAGGAUUCAGAGGAUUUAGAAGUUUACAUUUUAAUGUCAAUGAUGAAGCUCUGGCUAUUGCAGGAAAUAUGCCUGAAUUGCGACGCCUUGCACUUUUUGGGAAUAACUUGACAAAUGAAGGCCUGUGUGCCAUUCUUGAUGGCUGCCCGCGGCUUGAAUCACUUGACUUGCGCCACUGUUAUAGUAUUGAUCUUGAAGGGGAUUUAGGAAAGAGAUGUCGACAACAGAUUAAGGAUCUGAAGUGCCCUCGUGAUUCCACUUCUGGUUAUGAAUUUAGAGCUCAGAUUUGUGAUUAUAGUUCUUCCAAUGAUGAAUACCCAUCUGGGUUGUCUGAAGCUGGCCUUUCAGACUAUUUGUUUGAUUAUGAUGACUUUGAUUACGACGACUUCACUAACCCAUUUAGCAGCGAGUAUCUUGGUGAGGAUGGUUUCUUUUUCUGAGAUCGUUUGCUACCUGAAAUUUGUUAAUGGUUCUUGUUUGCUGGGUAAACUGCUAUUCGAUUGUUCAGCAGGUUCUAGGUUACCGUUUGAAUUGCCAUUCGUGUCAUAUUUUGCUGUUCUCAUAGCAGUUGAAGUGUCCGGGUUUGCACAUUGUUGGCAGCAGAUUGUAAUUGUCGGGGUUUGCACAGCAGUUGAAGUGUCCGGGUUUGCACAUUGUUGGCAGCAGAUUGUAAUUGUAGUUAUUAAGGCAGGCCUAGCCUUAGCACUUGGCUGCUCUUAGAACUACCAGAUAAUUACUGUGUUCUCUCCUUUUUUGUUUGGUUCAUAACCCGUUCACAUAAGUCGAAUUUGGUAAAUUUCUUAAUCUCUUGUUUGAAUGAAUAUAAAAGCCACUUCAAAUUA